GUGGCGCUGCCGUCGCUGCCGACGACCCGUCAUCCGUGUCGGCGACGCCACGCUUAUAAACGACACUCCUUCCGCCGACGGCAGUCACUGCAUGUUCGCUCUACACACGCGAGACAUACAGACGCACGCACUCGCUCUACGAACAGACGCCAUGGAACAGCAGCACGUAACGUCGCAGUGCUGUCAUGAUGCGGCGCACGGAUACACGGACCCCUUACUGAUCGACUGCAGCCUUCAGUACGCGAUGCCUGUCUAUCUGCAGCAGCUAGCCGUCGCCUAUCCAGACGGCGCACUGAUGCUCACGACACAGCAUCUUCCCGACCUGACAGCAUCCUCUGAUAUGUCGCUUUCCUCAUCCGACGAGAGCUUCUCAGACUCUUACGUUGACGGAUACGGCGACAGAGCGACGUCGCCGCUUCGCAUAGGUUGUCGGCGUGCUGGCGUCUAUGAGGACGAUGAAGAUGAAUCAGAAGAUGUAGUCAGUGUUGCUGACACGUCACCGAUGCUAGAUGACAGCUUCUCUCUCUCAUCGCAGCACGGCUUCGCUGCUCCCAGCAUCCUCAACUUCAUCGAAGCGCUGAACGUUGAGUAUAUGAUGUCGACGUCAAGUCCAGCCUGCUGCUACAUGAUCGACUCUCUGGCCUCGUUCAUGGCUUCCGAUGGCUACCGCGAAGACAGUUAA